AUUUUUUCAGUUGAUAUUCACCCCGACGGGACCAAGUUCGCAACUGGAGGACAAGGACAGGAUUCUGGGAAGGUUGUGAUCUGGAAUAUGUCUCCAGUCCUCCAGGAGGAUGACGAGAAGGAUGAAAAUAUUCCCAAGAUGCUUUGCCAGAUGGACAAUCACUUAGCAUGUGUGAACUGUGUGCGGUGGUCAAACAGUGGGAUGUAUUUAGCUUCUGGGGGAGAUGACAAACUGAUUAUGGUGUGGAAGCGGGCUACGUACAUCGGCCCCAGCACCGUGUUCGGCUCCAGUGGUAAGCUCGCCAAUGUGGAGCAGUGGCGGUGUGUCUCCAUCCUCCGGAGUCACUCAGGCGAUGUGAUGGAUGUAGCGUGGUCUCCCCAUGAUGCCUGGCUGGCCUCAUGCAGCGUGGAUAACACUGUCGUCAUUUGGAACGCUGUGAAAUUCCCAGAAAUUCUAGCUACUCUGAGAGGUCAUUCUGGCUUGGUGAAAGGGUUGACUUGGGACCCUGUUGGUAAAUACAUUGCCUCUCAAGCUGACGACCGCAGCCUGAAGGUGUGGAGGACACUAGACUGGCAGUUAGAGACCAGCAUCACCAAGCCUUUUGACGAGUGUGGAGGGACAACUCAUGUGUUGCGGCUCAGCUGGUCGCCUGACGGGCAUUACUUGGUGUCUGCCCACGCCAUGAACAACUCUGGCCCCACUGCCCAGAUCAUUGAACGGGAGGGCUGGAAGACCAACAUGGACUUCGUUGGGCACCGGAAAGCUGUGACCGUUGUGAAAUUCAACCCAAAAAUCUUCAAAAAGAAGCAGAAGAAUGGGAGUUCUGCAAAGCCCAGCUGCCCGUACUGCUGCUGUGCUGUUGGCAGCAAGGACCGCUCGCUCUCUGUCUGGCUCACGUGUCUCAAGCGGCCACUGGUUGUCAUCCAUGAGCUGUUUGACAAAUCCAUCAUGGAUAUUUCCUGGACUCUGAAUGGGCUGGGCAUCCUGGUGUGCUCCAUGGAUGGUUCUGUAGCAUUCCUUGACUUCUCCCAGGAUGAACUCGGAGACCCACUGAGCGAGGAGGAGAAGAGCCGCAUCCACCAGUCCACCUAUGGCAAGAGCCUGGCCAUCAUGACCGAGGCCCAGCUCUCCACAGCUGUCAUUGAGAACCCUGAGAUGCUCAAGUACCAGCGGAGGCAACAACAGCAGCAGCUGGAUCAGAAGAGUGCCACAGCCAGAGAGACAGGCUCAGCUGCCUCGGUUGCAGGCGUUGUCAACGGGGAGAGUCUGGAAGACAUCAGGAAGAAUCUUUUGAAGAAACAAGUUGAGACUCGGACAGCAGACGGUCGGAGAAGAAUCACACCUCUCUGCAUAGCACAGCUGGACACUGGGGACUUCUCCACGGCGUUCUUUAACAGCAUCCCGCUCUCAGGCUCCCUGGCGGGCACCAUGCUGUCCUCUCAUAGCAGUUCGCAGCUACUGCCACUGGACUCCAGUACCCCCAACUCCUUCGGCGCCUCCAAGCCUUGCGCAGAGCCUGUGGCAGCAGCCGGCCCCAGGCCUGCAGGCGAUUCUGUCAAUAAGGACAGUGGCAACCUGUUUGGUGCAGAGGUGAGCAGUCAGCAGAACAGGACUUAUGUGAUGAGCUACCAGCCCCAGCUGGAGGGUGAACACCUGGUGUUGGUGACCAUGUGCAACCAGCACAUUGCAAAUAACCCCUUCAAGCUGGUGGUCAAGUCAGACCGCAGCUACAUGUGUACCGGCCUCCUGGACCUGAGCUUCGGCAGUGAGGGUGACAACAAUGGCAAGCUCUGCCACCCUUGGGGCAUGAGUGUAGACAAGGAGGGCUACAUCAUUGUCUCCAACCACAAUAACAACCGCAUCUUGGUGUUCAGGUUAAAAGAGCAGAACCUUGUGAAAGAGCUGAGGCCCCGGGACCUCCUGGAGAGCAGCAGUGACAGUGAUGAAAAGGUCCCUUUGGUCAAGCCUUCCUCACUAUCCAAGAGAAAACUGGAGCUCGAGGUAGAGACAGUAGAGAAGAAGAAGAAAGGGCGUCCUCGAAAGGACUCCCGCCUUAUGCCUGUGUCUCUCUCUGUUCAGUCUCCAGCUGCCCUGACUGCAGAGAAGGAGGCCAUGUGUCUGUCUGCACCAACACUUGCACUGAAGCUGCCGAUUCCAGGCCCCCAGAGAGCAUUCACCCUCCAGGUGAGCUCCGACCCCUCCAUGUACAUAGAGGUGGAGAAUGAAGUGACUGCUGUGGGGGGUGUGAAGCUGAGCCGCCUGAAGUGCAACCGGGAAGGGAAGGAGUGGGAGACAGUGCUCACCAGCCGGAUUCUCACUGCUGCCGGCAGCUGUGACGUGGUAUGUGUUGCCUGUGAAAAGAGGAUGUUGUCAGUGUUCUCCACCUGUGGUCGCCGCCUCCUCCCUCCCAUCCUCCUGCCAUCCCCAAUCUCCACAUUGCAUUGCACAGGCUCUUACGUCAUGGCUCUCACUGCUGCGGCCACACUGUCUGUCUGGGAUGUUCACAGGCAGGUGGUUGUGGUGAAAGAAGAGUCUCUACACUCCAUCUUGGCAGGAAGUGACAUGACGGUAUCACAGAUCUUGCUGACGCAGCAUGGAAUCCCAGUGAUGAACCUGUCUGAUGGGAAGGCAUACUGCUUUAAUCCAUCACUUUCUACGUGGAACCUGGUUUCUGACAAGCAAGACUCACUGGCCCAGUGUGCAGACUUUAGGAGCAGCCUGCCAUCCCAGGACGCCAUGCUGUGCUCAGGACCGUUAGCCAUAAUCCAGGGCCGCACUUCCAACUCGGGAAGGCAGGCUGCCCGGCUCUUCUCCGUGCCUCAUGUGGUGCAGCAGGAGACCACCCUGGCCUACCUAGAGAACCAGGUUGCAGCAGCACUCACCCUGCAGUCCAGCCACGAGUACCGCCAUUGGCUCCUCCUCUAUGCACGGUACCUUGUGAAUGAAGGGUUUGAAUACCGACUCCGAGAAAUAUGCAAGGACUUACUGGGUCCGGUUCACUACUCCACCGGAAGCCAGUGGGAAUCCACAGUAGUGGGUCUGCGGAAGAGGGAGCUGCUGAAGGAGCUGCUGCCAGUCAUCGGGCAGAAUCUCCGUUUCCAACGCCUCUUCACCGAGUGUCAGGAACAGCUCGAUAUCCUGAGGGACAAGUAGCCUGCCCUAGCCUGUCCUGGCUGCAGCAAGGGCGGGGCCAUACUCUCGCCAUCGACAAUGCCCAGGGCCACCUCUCACCUGGCCAGACU